UGCCGCCUGGCUUCGCGGCGCCUCAUUCACUAGAAGAUGGCGGACUGCGCUCCACUAUUAGAUGAGGAACUCUCGUCCUUCGUCUUCAAUUAUCUGACAGAGAACCCCGACAGCCAGUAUGGGGAGGAGGAGGUGUGUUCAGACCGCCUGGACACCGACUUUGCCGACAUUGACCUCUCGCAGCUGGACACCAGCGACUUUGACAGCGUCAACUGCCUUGGCGAGCUGCAGUGGUGCAGCGACCAGGCGGCAGACGCAUCACCGGCCUCCAUCCGAUACAGCACACCUGAUGAGCUUUUCGAGAUUGAAGAAGAGAAUGUGGCGCUGCUGGCCGCUUUGACGGACAGCCUUGAGGGCAUGGUGGACGCAGAGGUGGGAGGCCUCUCCGUCUUCCCGGCCCUCGAAGAUGACGAGCCUGAGCGGGAUGACGACGACCAGGACCAUCUUCACCAUCUUUCUGUGGGCGCCAACCACAUCAAACGCUCGCAGGACACAGAGGACCCCUCUCUGCUGAAGAUCUUGCUGCUGACUCCACCCAAUGUCCCAGUGGGCAAAGAUGGCGUCCGUGGCCAUCACUACAGCAACAGAGGAUUGCACUCACGGAUGGCCCGACCUCCGGUUAAGAUGGGCCCUUCACAGGGGCGGAAACCACGUGCUGUGCGUCCAGCAGGCCGCCUCUGCACUGAGCUCCACCGCCAUCUCACCACAACCCGGCGGAACACCAAGAAUAUAAUAGUUGCUGAUCCGGAGGACAAAGAGGACGAAGAGGAGGAGGAGGAAGACGAUGAGGACAGCGAAUCAGAGGAGGACGAUGAUGAGGAAGAGGAAGAAGAGUCUUCCAGUAGCGACUUAGAGGCACGGCAAAGCAAGUCCCCCGGCGAGCUGGCCAAGCCUCAGUUUACCUCAGAGAAAGAACUCCGAUCUGUGGUGGAGCUUAUCACCUACAUGCACACAUACUGCUUGCCUGCCCGUAAACAGCAGGGUCUGGACCGCAAGGAUCCGUCCAGGCCUCGAGCUCGACCCGAUGCCGGCCACCCAUCCGUAACAAACUCUUAUAGCCGGGCCGUACUGGUGACACCCCCGGUGAGCGGUGGGUCAACGGGUGCCCAACGAAGGCUUCCCUUUGCAAAGCGUAGGGAGAUGAAAACGGACUCGCUUCUCCAUGAGCUUCUGCAGCAGAGUACCUCUUUUGACGUGAGCAAGCCUUACGGACAGCACAGUCCACCGUACACCCAAGCAGAACCAGGAUUCCCAGCUUCAACACGGGGCACCAGCAUCCCAAAACCGGAUGUUUGUAAAGACUCUUCCUCACCCGCGAGGACAAAUUCCUCCUACGAGGCGCCGCAAAAUCUCACGGAGGACAGCGGCUCCUUUUCAGUUCGCCGUUCCAGGCGUCUGGCUUCCUUUCCCAGCCGCUUUGCCAAGAGGCUGCGGCCCAGUCACGCAAGGAAAGAUGAAAAGAAGGAGGAGCAAGAUGGCAGGCAGGCAGGGUGUAAGCGUUCACCAACACAAAUGGGAAGACGGACCACGAUGGAGGCAGGACCACAAGGCCAGACGAAAGAGAUGACCAAAACCUGCUGCCAGAACGAAAAACGAGCCUGCCUGUGUCUGCCUCUCGACUCCAGCAAGUCCACAGGAGAGUUCAGCAGCAAGACUUUCGAGCAGACGCUUGGCGUGGAUCUGUGUGGAACUGCAGGUCUGACGCCUCCGACCACGCCACCUCACAAACCGGUGGAGGACGACCUUUUCAAGCCAACCGAGGCCAGAAAGGAUGGCGAACGCAAUGGCGAUGGCGAGGAAUCUGUCCACUCGUCUGUUCACCCAUCUCCCGGCGGUGUCGGUGGCUUCCGAGGCUCCUGGCUGAGCCGCGCGCAUCAGCGUAAGCUUCCGGAGCAGACGGAGCUGUACGCCCAGCUGCAGCGCAUGGGUCAGGCCGGAAUCAGCGACACCUGCCCUGGCUUCGGCGACCACGACUACUGUGUGCUGAGCCUUGGAGAAUCCCGCAAGCGCAGCGUUGCCAUGCUGGGCGUCAUGCUGCGGGAGGCUGGAGAACCACUACUCGCCGCUCCAGAAAAUGGCAUCCAAUCCAACAUCGGCGAGUCGAUGAUAUCAACACGACGCUCGUCUGACUGCCAGUCAGCCGCCGCCACACCCCCCGCCUCAGAGGAGGAGGCGGAGUGCUUUGCGGCGUCCCGCUCGCCCUCACCGACCCUCCACCUCUGUCCUGACCCUUCUGCCAGCAAGGCAGAAUCUAGUGAACAUUCUGAGAUGUGCCCAGACGAUGAGCAAAGGGACAAAGCCAAAUCUGAUGAGGAGAACUGUCAGGUGUUCUACAUCCACAACCUGCCCAGCAGCAUGACCCAGAACAUGUUGAGGAAGCGCUUCCAGAUCUUUGGAAAGGCAGAGGACUGUAAAGUAAUCAUCUGUAAUGAAGAGCGUUGCGGUGUCAUAAAGGUCCGCCAGUCCGACAUCCAGAGGCACCGGCGGGAGCGUGAGAAUGUUAUGCAGAGCGCACCCGUAAGCGGGAGGAGACCGACGAGGAAACGCUACAUCGACCUUGAUGAGGGUGGUCCGGGUCCAGUCAAGAGCAAGUACGAUGCCCUGGACUUUGACACGCUGCUGAAGGAGGCCCAGAAGUCGCUGCACCACCGUUGACUGUGCAGCCACGCUGGCCCCACACCGCGCUGCAAUUGUCCCGCCUUAUGAAAUCCUGCACCCCACAGCAGCAGAAAGAAGCGGUAUACACCUCUCCACGCAAAAUGUUUACAUUUAAAAAAAACGUUGGGCGAAAAGCAAUGACGAGAACAUUUUUUUGGGGGGGCGGGGGCAAAGGCGUCUACUUUGUAGUAACUACGAGAUCAGCCACAGGGCUAUGUCCUGCAAAGAGACCUCCAUAGCAAAUCCUUGUUGUGCGUGUUCGUGUGUCUGUGUGGACAAAAAACGAAUCCGGAGGAGGGCGAUGUCCUAUCGCCAUGAAAGACAAAAUAACAAACUUUGUGUGUGGUUGUCAAAAAAAAAGAAGAAAAAAAUGGAUAACAGAUUUGUUGGAUAUUCUACAUGGGAAAAAAAUGUGGUGUGUGCAAAGAGUAUAACGUUCAAUGUAAAAUGACAAAAGUUUACAAAAAUGAACAUUUUAUUUCUUGUUUUGUAAUUGUAGUGCUUCCUUGAUUUGAUCUAUGCACCGUUGGGAGGUUUUUUCUGCUUUACCCGCGUCACCAUCAACGCUAAAUCCCCAAACCUUGGUUUGUAAGGAGGCGCCCCCUACUGGCCUGUGUUUGGGUAGUGACAUAGAUACACAAAAAUUGCUUUGUGGGAAUGUUUCACCUGAAGAGUAGGCGGCUAAUGUUAGCCCUGAUCAGACAUAAAUCGUGUUGUGUUUAAUCAGGUUCCUGAAUCAGUGUUCGCAUUAACAUUCGCUUUAGCCAGGAGACACGAUCAAACAGCAUAGCUCUAUCUUGUGGUAAAUGGUCAUUAAUAUUAGGUUUAGCCAAUUAGCCCACAGCCCACCUCUGUUGUUGCAUACAGCCUCUAUAUUAGCUUUAGUCAUCUAGCAUGACUCGAGUGCAACUGUUUUCUAGUGUUCGGUCUCUCUUAUAGCGCUUGAAGUCCAACCAAACAGCCCCUUAAUUUUACAUACAUUAUAAGGCAAGAUUUAGCCACCCAGCAUGAUGACAAAUAACCAUUCUUUUCUAUAAUUACCUUCAUCGUCCUAUCAAAGACAAUAGCAUUCGUUUUACAGUCACUGUUAGCUUUAGCCAGCUAACAUGUCCACAGUUCACUUGUUUUACAAACACCCUCAACAUUAGCGUCAGACAAAUACCACAACUGAAGCACUCCUUCAUUUUCUAAUGUUUUAGUCUGCAAGCAUGACUGACCAUAGCGCCCCUCUAUUUUAUGUACAUACUUAGCGUUAACUUCAGCCAGAUAACACAACCACAUUCCCUCUGUUUUCUACUGUUAGCUUUAUCCAGCUAGCACAACUAUAUUGCCCCACCAUAUUGCAGCAUUAACUAUAGCCAGAUAGUAUGACCACAGUGCAACUCUUGUUACAUACACACACAGUAAAGUAGGAAUGUUCAAUACUACUCUUUUUCAGACAGAAACCAGUAUGAGUAUUCCCACUUGCCUAUUCAUUGAUUUUGAUGCCAAGUACCAGAAUCACCAGUACAUUUGCUGUAUAAAAUUUUAAUGAGGCAAACCACAAUGACAGAUCAAUAUGAACAAUGACUUAUUUCUUUCUUUUUUUUUGUCUCAUCAGCGGUUAGGUCAAACCAGUCAGUUAAGCACAGAAUUUAGUAAAUCAAAUUACAGCCGAAUUUUUUUUCGGACAUUUUACUUAACCAUUCUGGGAAAUCGUAACUCAAAAUAUUGCAAAUUACCGCUACAUACAGGUAUAAAAACCUCGGCAACAGGUGAGUAUCACCCUCUGUAUAAUACACACUAGCCACGUUGCCAUUCAGGAAAGUUAUACCUUAUUAAUGCAGAUAUUAAUGAUAACCAAUCCAGCUUACUGCCGAUAAUGUGGACCAAACACUGAAUAGUGGUCGUACAGAGACCGAACAGCCCAUGUUAGGGUGUCUGAUACCCGGUACUUCCGUGGCAGCCCACAAAAGAUCACUCAGGGGACACGGUCGAAUGCCUUCUCCAAGUACACAAUGCACAUGAAGACAGGUAGGGCGAAAUCCCAGAUACCCCCAAGGACCGUGCCGAGGGUGUAGAGAUUUUCUGCUGUGCCAUGACCAUGACGAAAACCACACUGCUCCUCCAGAGUCUCAGAUUCGACUUCCCAACCGACCCUUCUCUCCAGCACCCUGGAAUGGAGCUUACCAAGGAGGCUGAGGAGUGUGAUGCACUUGUUGGAAAACUCUGUUCACCCUUCUUAUGAACCAGGGUUACCAUUCGAGUCUGCCAAACCAGAGGCACUGUCCCCGAUGUCCAUGUGAUGUUGCAGAGGCAUGUCAACCAGGACAGCCCCACAACAUCCAGAGCCUUUAUGAAGUCCAGGUGGAUCUCAAACAUCCCAAGGCCCUAACCCCAAAAGAGCUUUUGAACCACCUCGGUGACGUCAACUUUUCCCAAGUAUUUUCCCCAAAGAUUAACAGUGUCUCGAGUCGGGAUCAGCAAGGCAGCAUCCCCACUUCACACAUUGUUGGUGGUGCACUGUUUCUUCCUUGUGAGACGCCGGAAUUUCUUUUAAGCCAUCUAAAAUUCUUUCUUCAUGGCCUUGCUGAACUCCUCCCAUGCCUGAGUUUUUGCCUCAGCAACUGCCAAAGUUCUUCUUGGCCAGCCUCUACCAAUCACUGUGUUUUGCAGAUGAUGUGGUUCUGUUGGCCUCAUCAAGUCGCAACUCUAACAAUAGCGGUUAUGAAGCGGCCGGGAUGAGGAUCUGAAAGUGGAAGUACUCGAGUGGAAACGUUUGGAGUGCAUUCUCCAGGUUUGGGAUGACAUCCUGCACAAAAUAAAUGAGUUCAAGUAUCUUGGGGUCUUGUUCACAUGUGAGAGAGGAAGAAUAGAAGCAGCAAAUCGCCAGAUGGAUUAGUCCAGCGUCUCGCAGUGAUCCAAACUCUGGAUUGGUCUGUUGUGGUGAAGAAGACGCUGAGCCGAAAUGCAAAGCUCUCAAUUUACCAGUCAAUCUGUCUGUCCACCCACACUUAUGUUAACAAGCUGUGGGUCUCUGCCUGAAAGAACAAGAUUGAACCAGCCAAAAUUAGUUUCUUUCACUGUGUGUCCAGGCUUUCCCUUAGUGAGAGGAUGAGAAGCUCUGUCACUCAGGAAUGCUCAAAGUACAGUCGCUGCUCUUCUGCACUGAGAGAAGCCAGAUGAGGUGGCUCACAUAUCUAAUGCUCCCGAAUGGCUUCUUGGUCAGUUGUUCCAGGCAUGUCCUACCUGGAGGAUAUGAUUGUAAAGAACAUGUUACACUUGACUUCCCCUAUUAGUAUAUUUAGCUGGUCUCAGAAGCCCUCGUGAGUACCCCAUACAUUGAAAUAAAGCCAAAGUCAGUCUAAUAAGAUACCUAAUAUUGUUAUUGGCCCACCCCAACUAUUAACAGCUUUCUCCAUGUAACGCAUGGUAGAUUAAAGAUUUGCCAUUUAGUGCAACAUUAGCACACCUGUUUUACCUCCAAUGUUACUUUUAGCUUUAGUCAGCUAGCCAGCUAAUUAAAACAAUCGGUAAAGGUGGAACAUUCCCACAUUCAAAGCUGCAGACUGAUCUAGUCCGCCGAUCCAACAUGUUUGUUUACAUUUAAACUGCAGCCUACGUCACUCAAAUCGGGGUGGUGUUGGCGGAUGUCGGCUGGGUUGUGAGUUUGGGGCACAUUGGUUGCCAGUGGUGCUGGUGCCAUGAUGAGGAUUGUCCCAGCCCCCCUCAAAAUGUCCCGACUGACUUGGUUGGUUGGUUUGAUCUGAUGGAAUGUAUUGGUUUUUCUGAAUGUAAACAUCCCCUUUAGUGGCCGUUGGGUUUGCCCAUUGUGGCCAGUAGGAGGCACCGGGAAAAAGGGAAGAGAGGUUUGGAACUUAGCAAGAAAAUGACGCGGGUGGCAUCAGCCGAGCAUCUCUACCUCACGUCCAUGCGCCGAUGCUCUUGCCGCCGCCGCCGCCAUCCUGCUUUCCCAUCAGGGUUCAUCCACAAAAGCCUCUUCUGCAUGCCACCAUGUUUGUCGUCUUAGAACGAUUAAAUCUGGCCACCCAGCCUGACCACAGCAUACCGCUGUUUCACACAGCAGUUAGCAUUAGCUUUAGUCCAGUGCACUUCCACUUCCUUUCCUCGCCAAAAUGAGACGCACCUCCACGUGAGUCCAAGGUCUUGAUUUUCCGGGUCCUUCCACAGCUUAUCAAGUCACACACAACACACACACACACACACUUAAGAAUGUUGAAUGUUUACAUCAUGGUUUACAUAAAGAGAAGCUCUUAUAUAAGAUAACACACACACACACACACACCAUAUAUAUAUAUAUAUAUAUAUAUAUAUAUAUAUAUAUAUAUAUAUAUAAUGUAUGUGUGUGUGUGUGUGUGUGUGUGUGCAUACACACACACACCAUAUGGUCUUAUAUAUAAUGUGUACAUAAUACUAAACGUAUUUUAUUUUGGCGGCGGCAGGAUUUGGAGGGAACAUUGACGCACAAGUCCGACACUGUUUCUAAAAAUAGAAUACAUGAAAAAUCCCUUUAGACAAUUGUAUUUGUUUAUUUUUAGUUUGUGUUUUUUGGGGGGUGGGGGGUGUCCAUGUUGUUUUUGGAGGCAAUACGUAAGAAUGGUCAUCAGGAGGAAUAUGAUCAACACGUGUACAAAAAUCAAUAGUAAUCUUGCACAUUUUAAUCCCGACUGGGAUUGUGGGGGUGACGCGACAAGAGGAAAGGCAGGGGGAUGAUAAUGGUGAUGAUGAUGUUGAUGUCGAUGUUGAUGUUGAUGUUGGAGAAAUCCCAGUUAGCAGUUGGGAUUUUGUGGCGGCACGAUUUUGCCUUUGACAGUAAAUUCACAAACAUUCAUAUUUAUGUACACACACAUCUACACAAGCUUUGCACACACACUUCCAUUCACGUAAAUGAAAGUGUGUAAAUUUGAACUUGCACACAUUCAUAAACUUACAAACACCAAGUUACAUGCAGUACAUUUCUAUCCACAAGCAUUCAUAGGAACUUAAAUGUUGAUUUAGCCAUGUGUAUGAUUCCAUUUUACAUAAACGCAGACACACACAAAUGUAAACUCCCAGAAAAACUAAAUUUACCUUGAAUUCAAACCUAAAACCUACCAUUAAUUUUUUUUCUUCACAUUUGACAAAGUGUUUCAUUGCACAUUUUACCCCGUCGUAUCCUCAUCAUGUCAUCAUAUCAUUGCGUGAUUGUGGUGAAGCCUUAAAAUCAGCAGUAGGCCUUUCCCCUUCCACACGGCACCCUCCAAUCCAAUCCCGACCACCACUGAGGAAGUUGAACUCUUUUUCAAUAGCCAUAUUCUAAAAAAAAAAAAAAAAGCUAUAAACAUAUAUAUAUAUAUGAAUAUAAAUAUAUAUAUAUAUAUCAAUAUAUAUUUGUGUGUUUGUGUAGAUAUAUCUAGAUGAUAAUAUACUUUCUUAUAGAAAACUUUGAUGUUGACCUUUUUUUUGGACACAUUUUCAAGUGUAAUAAUAAGCACUGUCCACUUGGGCUAGUUCCAAUCAAUCCAAAUAUCAGUUAUAAUAAUGAUAAUAAUCAAAUCUUCCAAAGGGAAAGAGAUUGUCGCCACAAUGCAAUACUUCCUGCUUUUGUUUGGGAAAGGUGGGGAGAAAUCAGCAAGAAAAACUGUAAAACUUGACACACACAUACACACACAUGCACGCACACUAAGAAAAAAAAAUUAAAAAGGUUGAUGGCUUCCUCGUUUUCUCUCCACAUGCUAAAAUAUUGAUUUAUUUUUUUCUACUAAAUCAUUUUAUCACACAAACCUUUAAGGAUGUCAAAUGAGCACUUAGUAGGCAAAUGAUUCUACGUUAAACAAUUAAUAUAAAUAAAAGAAGAAAUAUAAAAGUAAUAAAAGUAAAUGUAAGUGUGUGGAACAAUAUAAGACAAAGGGCAUAUGUUUUAUUUUGACUUCUAAGGACUAUCACACUCACUUGAUUCUCUUUUUUUUAACAUAAAAUAUGCUAAAGACUUCUAGUGAGAUUUUAUAUUUUUUACAUGUUUUGUUUUUUAAUUUAUGCUCCACUUAGCUUGGAUGUUUUUUGAGAUGUUCUCUUUUUAUCCUCCAUUUUUUUCCUUUGUGUGUGUUUUCGCGUCAGGUGAAGAAUGUGGAGAAGAGAAGGGCGGGGGGUGGGGGGUGGGGUAAAGGCAUUUCAGUAUUUUUGAAUUGUUCAAAUCUAGUUUCAUAGAUGUUCUUGUUAUAAAUUAUAUUUUAAUUGGUGUACAUAGUUUCAAAAAGGAGUUCACUGGCUUCCUUUUAAAACUUAAUACAUUUUUCUCUUCAGAGAUUGUUUACAUUAUGAAACUGUAGAGACGUGCUCCUCAUAUACUGUAUAAAGGACAUAUAUUCAUUGAUUUGCUUCAAGAAAUAAAACCCUUAUCAAUAGUA